AUGGCUCUAAGCGCAGGAUCUACCUUGCCCGAGGUCUACGAGACCUAUGAUGCUAUUGCACCAGCCAAGUAUGCUGGUAAGCUACAGGACAAAGUGGUCAUCGUCACCGGUUCGUCAAGCGGCAUUGGUCGAUCCAUCUCCAAGGCCUUUGCUGCCGCUGGCGCAUCUGUCGCUGUUGUCGCUCGUCGUGAAAAAGACCUCCUUACCUUAGUUGACGAGAUUAAAUCGGCCAACGGCAAGGCUGUCCCUAUUGUCGCAGAUGUCGCUGCAAGAGGUGCUGCCCAAAAGAUUGUAGCACAAGUCGAGAAAGAGCUAGGGCCCAUCGACAUCUUGGUCAACAACGCAGGCAUCUCGCGGCUCGGCCCUCUAGAUGGUGAAGACGAGGACCUGGACAUCUGGUGGCGUGUACACGAAGUCAAUGUCCGCGCCCCUGUAGCCCUGAUUCGUGCAGUACUGCCAUCCAUGAUCAAGCGCAAAACCGGCGUCCUCAUCACCACUGGCUCCGCUGUUGCCACGAUCACAGUACCUGUAAUGACUGCAUAUUCAUCAUCCAAAGCCGCCAUCAGCAAGUUUCACGAAAGUUUGACCGAAGAGCUUAAAGACACAAAUAUCGUGAACUUCUCUGUUCAUCCUGGCGUCGUGAAAACAGAGCUAGGCAGCGCCGAGGGCGCCAUGAACAAAGCGCACUCUGAGCAUCCUGCGGUGCAAAGCUUUUUCAAGAUGCUGUCGAGUAGUCACAUGAAGGGUCAAACACCAGAACUGUCAGCCGACACUAUGGUUGCCCUUGCUGCUGACCCGCGUUACAAGGUGCUUACUGGCCGACACAUCAACGCUACUCAGGAGCUUCCUCCUGUUGCCGAGGAGGCAGAAAAGGAAGGCAUGGGCCGCCUUGGAAGAGACAGGUUGUACCUCAUCACUGUUCCCACUUUGUAA